AUGAAACUAAUCCAAGAGAUAUCGGAACGGCACCUCGACGACAUGGAAGAUAAAAAGGCUGAUAGCGCCGUGGGCGGUGGACAAGAUGACGACAAGAGAGGUUUCAAGUGCGUCCGCAACACAGCGGCUCCGGCGCUUCGCUUUCUGUCCAUCGGUCCGGCAAAACGGCCCCCCAGCGCCGACAAACAAACGCGACGAUCGUCCAACCCCUGA